UGGUUCCUGAGGGCUUUGAGCCCGCCCCAAUACUUUCACAAUCUCCUUGUACAGAUCAUGCACAUUUACAUACAGCCUUUCCUUCUACCUACAAGAGCAGCACCGCCAGAGGAGAAAGCAUGACUUCACCAGAAGAUUACCUUCGGCAGGACUGGAGGAUAGUCCAUGACAUUCCAAUGGUCUGCGCAUUUUCCUACCACUGGGAAAGGAUUGACAACUUCCAGAGCAGGCCAGAUGACAUCGUGAUAGCCACGUACCCCAAAUCUGGCACUACAUGGAUGAGUGAAAUUGUGGACAUGAUUCUGAACGACGGAGAUCCUGACAAAUGCAAGAGGGAUGCAAUUUUCAACAAAGUGCCCAUGUUGGAAUUUGCUGCCCCUGGAAAGAUGCCACCAGGUACAGAGAAACUGGCCGAGAAGGCAUCUCCUCGUUUAGUGAAAACCCACCUCCCAGUCCAGCUCCUUCCAAUGUCCUUCUGGGAAAAUGGCUGCAAGAUGAUCUAUGUUGCCCGAAAUGCCAAAGAUGUAGCUGUCUCCUUCUACCAUUUUGACCUGAUGAACAAGCUGCAUCCAGACCCCGGCACGUGGGAGCAAUACAUUGAGAAAUACAUGGCAGGCAGAGUUGCGUAUGGUUCCUGGUAUGACCAUGUGAAAAGCUGGUGGGAGAAGAGAAAGGACCAUCCCAUUUUAUACCUGUUCUAUGAGGACAUGAAAGAGGAUCCAAAGCGUGAAAUUCGCAAGGUGAUGCAUUUCCUGGGGAAGGAUCUGAAGGAAGAGGUUCUGGACAGGAUCGUCUAUCACACUUCAUUUGAAAUGAUGAAAGAGAAUCCCACCACAAAUUAUAAGAUGACCCCAAAUGAUGUUAUGGAUCAAAGCAUCUCCCCUUUCAUGCGUAAAGGGAUUGCUGGGGACUGGAAGAAUCACUUUACUGUGGCCCAGAAUGAGACAUUCAAUGAAGAUUACGAGAGGAAAAUGGCUGGGACCAACCUGCAGUUCCGAACAGAGAUCUGAAGGAGCCUGGCAUCUUAGUGCUGUAGUUCUAACACACGGUUCUCUGUCGUUUCUGUUGAGAAUAGCUUUUCUCCCGCCCCCCUUCCUUUCUUCAACUAGAAGUAGUACACUGAGAAGUGUCUGUGCCCUGGUGAUGGUCAGACACUUGAACCUGGAGUCCUGGGCCAUCUAGACCAUGGUGCAGUUACACUCCAGAGCAGAGGAAUUGUUCCAAGAGUCUGGGAUUCCAUAUAGGGGCUGAGUAGCAGGGAAGACUCCUUGUUCUAUGGUUAGCCCCACCACACACACACCUUCUUUUAUGUUAGACUUUGAAUACUGGCCAGGUUCAAGUGAGGCAAAGGACUCAGGCCCAGAUCCUCAAAGUUAUUUAGACACCUAGCUCCCAGUCCUUUGAAAUGAAAGGGAAUUAAGCACCUAACUACGGGUACGUCUACACUACGGGACUAUGCCGAAUUUGCAUAAACCGGUUUUGUAAAACAGAUUGUAUUAAAUCGAGUGUGCGCGGCCACACUAAACACAUUAAAUCGGUGGUGUGCGUCCA